AUGAUGAGUUCAACCUCGUGCUGCAGCCUGGAGAGAUCUACGAGAAGCGCAUGCCCUAUGCCUUUGCAGAGCACUUUGGAGAGUUCGAGAAGACUGGUGCAGUACUUUUCCCACCACCUGCUUGCUACCAGUACUACGAGAACAAGGUGCUGA